AUGGAUACUUCAGACUUUACAAUCCCAGACGAGCUCGUCAACGACGCUCCUAGCGAGAAUGUCCCGAAGCCCAAGAAGACUCGCCGCAGUCGCUACGACCCAGAGCCCGACUGGUCGGCCAUGGUGCGUGCCAAGGUCACGAAGCCUCAACAUCGUGUCGGCCAGGCCUGUGAUCGUUGCAAGCUCAAGAAGAUGAAGUGUACGCCCGAUCCUGGAGGUUGUGCUUGUUGUCUCAUCCUCAACAUUCCAUGCAAAGCCACUGACCGUGUCACUGGUGAGACCUGGGUACGUGGUGAGGCUGGGCGAAUGCGGGAUCUCAUCGAGAGUCUCAAGAAGCAGACCGAGGACUUGAAGGAGCAGAUCAAGCAGCUUCAGCAGAAGAACACACAGCUACAGGCCUGUCUGGGAGAUUCCUAUAGACCCAAUAUUAUGGGUCACUACGAGUCGGACCUUGGCCUUAGGGACCUUGAACAUCACCAGAAUCUACUGUGA